AUGUCAUUGUUUCUCAGCAAACAAUAUGCGCAAAAGAAGACUGAAGAAUCACAUGAUGGUGCAAGCACUGGUGGGAUCCUCGUCGCUGAAGAGUUGGCAGGCCGACCUGCUGUACCCCCCGCCUGCGUAGCACCCCGCCCCCGCCGGCGUCGGCACGACGCUGACGGCGUAGCCGUACACCCUGCCGCAGCUGCAGCACCUGCACCCCUCGUAGUACCCCUGGUAGCACGGCUUGCAGCAGGAGCAGCCGCAGAUGUGGAUGCCCUUGAUCAGCUUCCGUCCCUUGCACCUGAUCUUGCAGGAGAGCUUGUGCGGGUCGAACGGGCCGGCCACCGCGAUCGUAUGGUUCCCAUCGUCGUAGGAGAUGGUCCUGAUCCUCUCCUCAUCUGCACGUACAUGCAGUUUGCAAAGGAUCUUGCGGAUCUUUUUGUAACACGGGCAGCACCCAAGAUCAACCUUGAGGAUCAGCGUGGAGAUCUGUGUCGUUGA